CUGCAAACCAGGCCCCCAGACGUCCUUGCUCUUGUCUUCAUCCACCACCACUACCCCUGGGAUUCACAGUCAGCGCACCUCAGGUACCUCGGUCUAGGUCGAGAAAUUAUGUCCGCAACAGAAAUUAAGAAACGGCACGUGCAGGGCGUCAAUACAAGCACCAUGGUGGCGCCCACUACCCGACCCACGGCUAAGGCCCGAACCGUGACAUGGCAUGAGGUAUCCGAAUGGCAGCGAGAUAAUAAAUACAUCCUCACCGGCUAUCGCCCAGAUAAAGCAGAUUAUCUGGAGAUCUUCACCAGCCUGACAUUCUUGCACAACGAGACUUGUAAUGUGUAUACCCACCUAGUCGGGGCUCUACUCCUACCACUCAUCGCGAUCGCCUCCAUGCGGGUCCUCUCUGAGCCUCAAUUCCUCAACGUCUCGGGAACAGACUAUGCCAUGUUUGGAAUCUUCUUUUGGUGUGCGGAGUGUUGUUUAAUUUUCAGCGCUACCUAUCACCUAGUAGGACCUCACUCGCAUGAAGUUGAACAGUUCUGGCAUCGAAUGGAUCUGCUGGGGAUCGUCAUUGUGACUGUGGGCACAUUUAUUCCGGGUAUCUAUUAUAUCUUCACGUGUGAACCAAACUUGCAAAAAUUGCACUGGACCAUUACCAUAGCCUCGGGCUCCGCCACUGCUGCCCUGAUCUCGAUACCCAAAUUCAGAACACUGCGCUGGCGGAAGGUGAGGGUGGGUGCCUAUGUUGCGCUCGGCGCGUCAGCAUUCAUCCCCCUACUGCAUGGAGUUCGGCUGUACGGGCUCGAGUACAUGCUUCAGUACUCGGGAAUGAAAUGGUACUUGCUAGAGCUUGUUUUCUAUGGCGGUGGAGUUAGUCUUUACGGGUCUCGAACUCCAGAGCGCUUUGCUCCGGGCAAAUUUGACAUCUGGGGCAGCUCACACCAGAUCUUUCACGUCUGCAUCUUGUGCGCCAUGUACAUACACACAAUUGCGCUUGGGCAGGCUUUUACAGCAUGUCAUACAUUAGAUGUAUGUAGCAUUCAGGCCACUUAUCGAGCGGGCCAAAGGUAACAAAAAGGCUUGGCUUCAAGGUUAAAAGGUCUUUUGCAGUCUCGUACUCAUAUCUAGGCCUUGAAAUAGUGUGGUUCUAUGUGGAUCUGUCGAGGUUCGAACCUCGUGGAACCACACUUGCAUAAUUUUGCCAUGAUUUCCCCUUUUCAAUGAUUUUUUUUUUUUCACUGUUAUUUAAGACUGUUUUCGUCACUAUAUCUAUGAACAUGGUGAUGGAGCCAGAAUCCUUAAGACAAUAAAUGAAAUUCUCUUGCUUGUAGAA